AUGGCUAUUGAUGCGGAGUACCUGAAGAUUAAGUGUAUCGCCGCAAUCUUUUCUGCAACAACAGCAACAGGAUUCCACACCGGAAAUUUAGAGGGACAUCGUAAAGCAGCUAUCCCAGUAAAAAUUGUUCAUGAACGGCCUUCGGCCAAGAAGCUCCUUGUCUUCUCUUCUGCAGAUGAAGAGGAACUUAACCGCAUUGCUAAAGCAUACAGUCUUUAUUUUAUUAAAUCAAACCUCGGUUCGUUUUCAAACGAAUACUGGGAAAGCUUAACACACACACUAUCUUGGAAGUGUUAUGGUAUGUUUGACUCUCUCGAUAAACUUCAAAACAUUAAGCAGGCUAUUUCCAGUCCAGUCCGCACAAACACAAACUUCGAACCGACUUUUACUUUUAUUUUCACUGGUCAAGGGGCUCAAUGGGCAAGGAUGGGCGUUGAAAUUAUGGAACAGCGGUUCAAAUCUCCCAUCCUCACCCUCUCCCAUCCUAUCCUAGGGCCAGGAUAA